AAUAAUAUAAAUUUGAAGGAGACUUUCGUGCGAGGUUCGCGUUUGACACGAGAAUGAGAGAAAAUAUAGUGUUGUUUGGAGAUUCAAUAACGCAGCAAGCGUUUCAAAAUGGUUGGGGUUCUUCACUCGCCGAUGCCUAUUCUCGCAAGGCUGAUGUACUUGUUCGUGGCUACGGCGGUUACAACACUAGAUGGGCUUUGUUCUUGCUCAAUCAUAUCUUCCCUCUCGGGUCGAGUAAACCGCCUAUUGCCACCACAAUUUUCUUCGGUGCUAAUGAUGCGGCUAUAGCCGGAAGAACCAGUGAAAGACAACAUGUACCUCUUCCAGAAUUCAAACAAAACCUCCAAAAAAUUGUCAACCACUUGAAGUCAAGCUCACCAACUAUGCUUAUCGUGCUUAUUACUCCACCCCCGGUUUGUGAGGAAGGGCGUCGAGCAUUUGCCAUAUCCUUAUACGGUGAUAAUGCUCGUAAAUUGUCUGAAAGAACAAAUGAAGUUACCGGUCAAUAUGCAAAAGUAUGUGUUGAGACAGCUAAGGAAAUGGGUGUGGCUUACAUCGAUUUAUGGUCCAAAAUGCAAGAAACAGAUGGCUGGCAAAAGAAAUUUUUAAGAGAUGGGUUGCACUUGACAGUAGAUGGAAAUGAAGUAGUAUAUGAAGAAGUGAUCAAGGUGUUCAAUGAGGCAGGACUUUCUGCUGAUAAAAUGCCACUUGAUUUCCCUCACCACUCUAAAAUUGAUCACAAAAAUCCUGAGAUCGCAUUCCAGCAGAAUAUUUGUGAUGCCUCAUUAUAGAAGGAUUCUGGUUUAGUCUUACAGUUUUAUAUACUCUCUUCUAUUCACGGACCUGCUAGUUUUAUUUUACCGAACUUUCUAUAUAGUUGACAAGUUUCUUAAUGAACUGUAUACAAGUUUUUAAUACUGUUUAUUAAUAAAAGCGUGUUGGUUAUUGCGUUUAA